AUGCCUGGAAUCUGGAAGAAGAUCACUUUUUCCUUGGCUUCUGUGCUCAGCAUCGCCUCAGUUGUCCUGAUAGUUGUAGCUCUUUCGACGGAGAAGUGGGUGACCGGGAGAAUCCUGUGCAAAACUGGAGCAGAGCUGGUUAAUGCAUCGGAUCCGGAGCUGGUGAAAUUUAUCGGGGAUAUUUAUUUUGGGCUCUUUCAAGGAGGCAAAAUCAGGCAGUGUGGGCUAGGAAGCCGACGAUCCAGGAUCUACAUUUUCCCCAAACUUGUGAGGAAACUGAAUGGUGGGCUGCAUGUGAUCAUCAUCUUAUUCCUUUUUAUUGCAAUAGGCUUUGCUUUGGUCACUUUAGCAUUUUGUAUUUAUAAUGCAAGAAAAAUUCCAUAUCAGUCUAUAAAAGGGCCGUCUGGGAUAUACCUAUGGAACUUUUUUGCAGGUCUGUUUGGGGUGUUUGCCAUUGUCUGUUUCAUUGCAGCAAUGAAACACCACCGUCUAACAGAGAGAGUGGCCAACUUCAAAGAAGACAUCUUCCAGUUUGUCAUCCUGGAGGAGGACUAUGCCUUCUCCUUUUGGCUGUGUGUGGCAAGUGCGGCAACACAUGGCGUGAACUUUAUUGUGGUGGCCAUGAGUAAAAUCCAUCUCCCAAAAAUACAGACUAAGAAGCCAGAGGUGCCCACUGUAACAGCUGAGGACCUCCUUUACUGA